CCGGGGAGGGGCGGGAUGCAGCGACGGGGCCGGGCUGCGCUCUGCGUGCUCGCAGCGUCGGUGUGGUGGGGCCGUGGCCGCGCUGCAGGGCUGCAGCGGCGUGAGGCUCUCUGGCCUCGAAGCCGCUGCCGCCGCCUCGUCUGCAGCGCCGAAGGUGCCUUUGGCGGUCAGCAGCGAGAGCAAAACCCGGUACAACAGUGGCGUUUUGCCUCUUUAGUGGGGACUAAUGGAAAAUACAUAUUUUUACCCUUAUUUUUGCCCUUGAGAGGUGAUGGAGGUUUUUGUUUCCAGUGACAUGCUGAAGUGUCAUCAUUGCCUGAUCUGCUGUGUGUGGCAUAAGCCAGCACAAAAUCUGCUUUGUGUUCCCAGUUUGUCUGGUGCUGGUACAGCACCUGGCACGAUCAUGUUUUUGCUUCACAACUGGAUCUCAGAGGCACUGUAGUAUCAUAAACAAUACACAUAGAUAUGUGUUCUCAUAUGGCUUCUCAGCACUGCGUUGUGCUGGGUCGUGGAUCUGGGAAGGAGAAGUGAGUUUGCGCAGCCGAUGGAAAAAGGUUUUGUAAGAAUUUGAAACUCCUGUUCGCACAACAUCUGCCGUUUCCCAUGUUUUAACUGUUCUUGCAUUUCCACAACAUAGCGCAAAAUCAAGACACCGGGGCGCACACAAGCACCCCCGCGUGGGCACUGUAGCCUGGUGGAGUGGCUUGCUUUGCUGCCGUCCUGGGGAGCGUGCUGCUUGGCUUCUUGCCCUGGGCUUUGGGGACCUGGGUGAGCUGUUCCUGGAUGAGCUGGUGUUGAGCUGCCCAGCGAUGGGAGCAGGGGGGGUUGGUUGUCUCUUGAGCGCCAUGGCAUGAGCCAGCCUGCCUGUGCCUCCCUGAACCACUGCGUGCACCCGUGGCUGGCUGUCCUCAGAGGGCAGGGCUGGGAUGGAGAGCGGGCAUGAGACAGCGUGUGUCUGGGGAGCAGAGCUUCAGACCUUCUCAUUAGCGUGCCAGAGCACCCACUGGAGACUUCCAAGUAUCCCCGUGCCCGUGGGCGGUGUGUGAAUUUGGCUUCCUGCUAGGCAGGGGGUAUGAAGACACUGCGAAUUCUCAUCAGUGCUUUCAUUACCUUAAUAAAAUUAUUUAAGGGCUAUUAAGUUCUGCAGAAAAAUCAGACCUAAUUGCCUGUUUCAUUAGGUUAUCCUUCCCUGAGCCCCCAAAAGGCUCUGCAACUUGGUCUCUCUUCCGUGUCCAUUUGUGAAAUCCACCCCGAGGUAUUAGGGAAUCUUUUCCAACAACCUGGACCAGAUGCCAGCGGUGAAGAGCUAGUACAUUCUGCUCAGCACAAAGCUUAUCUCAAGACAGUCCCCUGUCUUCCUCUUCUAUAGUCUUAGCUUCAACAGAUACUAGAGAGUUAUUCAGAGCUGCCUUCUUUUUGAAUGUUGUAUCAUCAAAGCUUUUCUUCUGUAAGAGAGAAAUUCUUACCUAAGCUCAUGUGCUUGGCAGAAGCAGCAGAGCAAACAGGCUCAAAUGAGAAUAAGGCCUGGCAUCCCUUUUACCCCGUGACUGUCAUUCACCAAGUUUUCCCAGCAUUAUCCAUUUUGUCUUACACUCACUGUUAGGGUCUUGUGUCAGAGGUUCUGUUCUUGCAGUUUUGAUUUAGUACACGCUUGGGAAGUAUCCUGUUCAGGCCCAGUUCACCAGUUGCUGUCAGCAGCAUUGUAUAGACCAGCACAAACCAGAUAUAGUGCACUCUGGGCUAAACAGAGUUCAACAUGCCUCUAACCAUGAGUGAACAUUGACUAGCGAGCUGGUACAAAUUCCUUUGAGUCUGCAGUGAGACAAAGUUCAGCUAUGGCAAUGACUGACAGAGCUAUAGGGGAAGCAGAGCUUCCUAGAGGAACUGCUGGUACCACUCAAUUCAGGUAACUUCUUCAUAUGUCCUGGGAGGUCUUUUAAUCUCAGCAUGUAACUACCUUUUGUAGGAGUUUAUUUCAGUGUAUGUUUUGUUUUAAAACUCACCCGUUUUUCUACAGAGCAUCCCCGAUGCUAAUUGAUAAGUUUGGGAGAGUCUUUCUUCGGCUGUAUCUUGGUCAAAGCUCAAAGACACUGGUACCCAUUGGGUUGCUCGUUGGCCUUUCAUAGUUGUGUUACUGUCUUUCCUUGAUGACACAGGAGAUACAAGUAUUGUAGAGGCGAGGAAAAAGCUGCAUGAAAGCAAGUUGAUAUUAGAUGCUGCUGGACAACCUUGAAACCAGUGGCUUGAUUCGUGGGAGACAGGCCCCGUUGUGAAAUUUAUAUCCAGAUCUGAAAUUCUCUAAAGAUCCCUGCAACUGAGACUGAGGCCAUUCCUAUAGCAUGGAUUUGAGGUUUAGACCUAUGUGUAAUAUAAACGGAGUAGCGCUUCCUGCGGUCUGUAUUACUUCACUGGGAGUGCUGUGUUAAGCUCCUCAUUUAAAGUAUCUGCUAUGUGCUAUUUUAGGAAUAUGGGUAUCCCCUGAAAAGUGUCACUUCUCUUCCUCUGACUUGCCUGGGGCGAGUGUAAUAAUUUGCUCCAACUUAAGUUCAGGGUGGGUGCCACACCCUCUAGCAACCAAAGUUGAUAGCAACGUUCCUUGUGCUGUACCUAGAGGAAAAAGUAGCUCUCACAGAGAUCCUUAGACUUCUCCUUAGCUCUUCAGUCACUGGCUGCCCAAUAUCCUGCAGAGAUCCUGGCCUCCAAGCACUGAGCCUAUGAACACAUGGAUUUUGGAAGUGCUGCAGGGAACGAGGACAUAAGUGCUCUGGCAGAGCAAGUGCAGCAUCUCACUAAUGAAAGUGUGCAGUUGCAAGAUAGGAAUGAGAGGCUGUACGUGAAGCUUGGAGACAUGCAGGAGAGGAUGGGGAAGCUGGCUGGCUCCAAAACAGAUUCGUCAACCAGACUGGUCUUCAGUGAAGAGGAAAAACUGAAGAUUUCCAAAGACCUCAUUGAUCUCCAGAUUGAGACAAACAAAAUGAGGGAGCAGUAUGAGACAGAGAACUUUGAACUGAAAAAUAUGAUCCUGGCCCUGGAGAACCGUGUGCUGGAGCUGGAGCUCUCCAGUGAGAAAGUCACCGGGGAGCGUGAUGCCUUGCAGGAACGUCUGCAUGCUGUGGAGACCAAUCGGAAGGAGCUGGCGGAUGAGUACAUCAUUUUGAAAAGCAAUUACCUGGCGCUAGGCAAAGAACUUGACCAAGAGGUCAUGAAGAAUGAAGAGCUCAGCCUAGAACUGCUCAACCUGGCCAAUGCCAGGAGCAAGCUUCCCCACACGCAAGACAACCGCUACCACUCCCACACCAGGGACGACAAAUCCUCAGCUGAGCUGGAAAGAGUGCGUGCAAUGGUCCACCGUCUGUCUGCACGGAAGGUGAAGCCAGAAGAUGUAGUUGCCUCUGAGCAUGAGCGGCAAAAGCUGGAGAGAAAUUUGCUUGGAAACCAAGAUCACAUAAAAGUGGAGCUUGAAAAAAUGAAGAAAACCUAUGAUUCGCAGCAGCAGAAGCUGGAAGAGAGAGUGGUCACAAUGGGGAAGGAGCUGCAGGAGGCAAAGAGAGCAAUCCGCGACACCCAGCACAAACUGGCGGAGCAGUCAGCAGUGCUGCUCACCUCCCAGAGCCAGCUCCAGGAGGUGGAGGCGGAGAACUCCCGGCUGCAGCUCAGGCUGAAGGAGUUGAACGAGGAGUACCGCUCCCGGCUCACGCAGUACAUCAAGGACCUGGCGGACUACAUGGACAGCAAAUCCGGCAACCUGAAGGGGCCUAGCAAAGGCCCAGCUAAUCAUGCUUACAUGAAACGCUUUGUGGACGGCAUGCUGAAGGAUAUCAAGGCUUCGCACAAGUCUCGGGAAGAGCAGCUAGCUGGAGCGGCACGUGGCUACAAGAAACGCAUGAGAAACUUAGUCAAGAAGCAUGAAAACCUGCUGAUUGCUUACAGGAUGCAGCGAGAGCAGAUCCAGUGCCUGGGCAGCAGCGAUAUGGACUCUGGCCCUGCUGAGUUCCACUUUUCCAUCACAGACCCAGAGCUGCUGACAAACACAACCCAGGAGUUAAACCGGCUGCGGCAGGAUAAAGCAAAACUGGAGAUGCAAUUGCAUGAAUUGCAGGAGAAGAAAAGACUGAGAGAAACCUCUGGCUUUGGGCUAUCCCCUGAGCAGAAGCUGGAUGAAGAGGGCUGGGCAGAGGUCAGGAAGCAGCUCCGGGAGUUUGCACAUACCACCCAGGAGGAUUUGGAGACAGAGAGAAGCCAGCUGCUGACUCGGGCAGUCGUGGCGGAGGAACAGGUGUCGGAGCUGCAGGAAUACAUCGAUAAGCAUCUUGCAAGGUACAAGCAGGAGAUCCUCCGCUUAAGGAAACUUGUUGGCAGCGAAGUACCACGUGCGCUCAGUGCUGGGGCCGCUGACACUCACUUAUUGCAGAGAUCCAAAAGGACCAUCAGCCAUGAACUAUAGCUCUUACCCAUGCCUCCAAGAAGCAGCAGAACUGGAGGAAAGAGCAGGGUUUAAAAGCUUUCCCUUCUGUGAAUUGGCCAAGGCAAGUAUUCAUCCCCUGGCUGAGGGCUGGGACACACAGAGAAGGAAACCACGUGGGUGUUCUCAGUCUCAAAUUAACAGUACUAAAAUGGGACAAGACAACUGUGUCUUGUCUAUCCUCUGACCCCUUAGCUGUAGGAAUGGUUCUGAUGUUCCCUGAGCACAGCACAACUGGGGACACGAGGUCAGUUUCCCAGGCAGCUUUUUACUGCACGACUGCAGUGACAGGUUCCCACUCCUGCCUUUGGCUGGGAUGGUGCGGUAACAUUUCUGCCAGGUCAGACCCAAAGCGAAGCACUCCAAGGGCUAACUGCUUCUGCCUCUGCUCCCUCCGGAGCUUGUGAGGGAUGAGGCCAGGGAUGGUUCAGGCUAAACUUGGGCUCUAAGAGGUUAGACAGAGGGGAUCAGCUGCUCUUUCACGGUGGGAAAAUACUAUUUCUCUGUGUUUGGUGGAGAGGUGGACACAUGCCAUCCUGAGCCCUCUUCCAAAGGACUUUGGAGCAAAGCUUGAAGCAGGGGGCACACUGGCUCCAGAAUCACCUUGCAGCUCAAAAGCAGAGUGAAUGUCUCAAAGAAAGACCUGUCCAAAUAUUUAUUGUGAAAAAUUAAUCACAAAUAAACUAACAAACAUACAGAAAGAGGCACUGAA